AACCCAGCCGUUGGCGCAUUUUCCUGUAAAACAAAAAUCCGUAAUAAAUAACAAUCCCGGCUUCAUUCUCCAUUCUGGAACUUCCAUUCAAACCGCCAAAGAUCUGCCGCAAUCCACUUGUUGAGAGCGUAAAUCUUGCCGGCCACCGCCUCCAGCCACAAAGCCCUAGGAAAAUCCCUCCGUCGCCGCCAUGGCUAGUGGAGCAGUGAGGCGCCUCCUUCACAACUUCCAUCAUGCCAGAAGUUUUCUCAGGAAACAAGAGUUGCAGGCAAGCUCUGUAACUGUAAAUAGUGUUCUUAUGCAUUUUCACAGGUCAAAAGCAGAUAAAGUGGAAAUAGGAGUGCAUAAAGAAGGUGAAGUUUUACCUGAAGUUUCUGUGAGGUCAGAAAUGGAGAAGAAUAGCAAAAAAGGUUCUGAACCUACAAAGUACUUUUCUGAUGAUGAAAAUAUUAGUGAUAGUAAACGAAGGUCAGAGCUUGCAUGGCUGACAAAAGCUCUUGAACCAGCUUUGCAAUUGUAUAGGUGGGCACUGUCAGCAUCAGGGGAUGGAAUUCGAGAUCAAACUCCACCUCGAAGUCGUUCUGUUUCAGAAAUCAUUGCAAGUAUCCAGUGGAGUAAGAUGGGAAUUCAGGAUUGGAGCUUGAGUGAUCUUACAAUUGGAUUAUACCUUAUUUACCUCCGCCAGGCUUCAACAAAUCCUUUUGAGGACAUUUCAGGUGUCCAGAUCUCUUCAGAUGCAAUUGUCCAAGACCUCAUCUACUACCUUGAACUAGCUAAAGGUUCUUAUAAGGAUUCUGCAGCUAGUCUUGCAAGAAACAGCAUGCUUCGAGAGUGCAACAUAUUGAAAUUUGUAGGGGAUUCCAGUGUUAUGAGGCCUGGGUAUUAUAUAGGCGUUGAUACUAGAAAGAAACUUGUAAUCUUUGGAAUUCGAGGAACUCACACACUCUCUGAUCUCAUCACUGAUAUUGUUACAUCGAGUGAUGGGGAAGUGACGUUCGAAGGAUAUGUGACGCACUUUGGCACUGCUGAAUCUGCUCGCUGGUUUCUUGACCAUGAGAUGGGAAUGAUAAGAAGAUGCUUGGAGAAAUAUCAGGGUUUUAGGUUAAGGCUGGUGGGUCAUUCUCUUGGUGGAGCUAUUGCUUCUUUACUAGCCGUAAUGCUUCGUAAAAAGUCAAAUAAGGAGCUUGGAUUUAGCCCUGAUAUUGUUUCUGCAAUUGGAUAUGCAACACCACCUUGUGUCUCAAGAAAACUUGCUGAGAGUUGUGCUGACUAUGUUACCACUGUAGUGAUGCAGGAUGAUAUUAUCCCUAGAUUAAGCAUAGCUUCUCUAACAAGGCUAAGGAAUGAAAUUCUUCAAACCGAUUGGACCAGUGUUAUUGAAAAGCAAGACUGGAAAAGUUUCAUUGGUUUGGUCACAAACGCAAGGCAAGUGGUUUCAUCGGUACAAGAUGUUGCUCGAAAACUUGCGGAUUAUGCAAAGUUCACAAGCAAGAAAAUAUCCUCUGAUGGUAGCAUUAGAAAAGAGUCUCAUGUGGCUUCUGCUCCUCCACACCCUACUGCUGCUGCUCGAAACAAAGCUGCAACCGCACGAUACAAAACUCCCGAGGAGCUGUUCGUACCUGGGACAGUUUAUUAUCUGAAGAGGAAUACCAAUGGCACCCCAGAAUACUUCACUCUGUGGAAGCGCCAUCCCGGCGAACAUUUCCAACGAAUAGUGCUUUCAAGCAACCUCAUUUCGGAUCAUAGAUGUGAUAGCCACUACUAUGCUUUAAGGGAUGUUCUUAAAGGCCUCCCAGCACGCAGCGAUGAAAGUAUUUUCUCGUAAAAGUCCCUUACCACUUAGUAAUGGUAGCUUAAUUUUUUUGCCCCUCGAAGUUAAUCAGGGUUAGCUACAACUAUACCAUAAUAAAGGGUUCAAUAGUGUAGAAAUAACACAUCAAAAAAGUUACUACAGAGAGAGGGGAGCCUAGAGAUCAACUGUAGGAGGAUGUUAUCAUUUUAGAAGGCUUUUGUAGUCGAAGUUGUGUUGUAAUUCUUUGUCCUCUGUAUUGUUAACCGAUUGGAGAGCCUUUUUGUAAUUCCAUUAGUCGGGUAUAUCAAGUUUAGUUUGUUACCAUAGAAGAAAUACAUCUAUGACAAAAGUAAAUGUACAAAGAUUAGUGAUAUUACUCUAAAUUUUGUCUGUUAGCCUAUAGAUUUGUUUUUGAAAGCU